UGUAAGUUCUGUUCUCGUUCUUCGCUGACUUGAAUCAAACAGCCUGAUGUCGAAUAUCAUACGAAACCACACUAGCACCAAGCCGAAACGCGCGCUCCGACAACGUCCCCCCAUCGGCCCAGAAACAGCUGUCGAAUAGGCCACGGCCCACUGCGGAUCCAAAAUUUGCCAUUGACGAAACAGAAAAUAACUCUGGUAUAGCAAAUCAUCGGAAAAUAGGUCCAAGCCUCUGACAUACGAGCAAUUUAUGGUCGUUACACAACAGAGGGCAUUUCGUGGCUAUUUAGGUAUGAAUCCGUUAAGAAACCCUUAGUUCGAGGAAGGAAUGCAGGAAGCUACGAUGCGACAGCUGUUGUAAGAUGACGGUACGUCUAUUCGAAUAUGAGUAUUGGUGUACAAAGCUUAAGGCAUCCAUGAUUAUUUGCGACCUUCUUGGACUGAUAACUCUGUUACCAGUUAUUCUGAAUGCAUAUUCUUCUCGAAAUCGAUGUCAAGUGAUCGUUAAGUCAAUUUGUGGACUAGGCUUCAUUCUCGUCACUCUUUCGACAAAGUGUAGUUUGAAAACGACUUCAUAUGGAGUACAACUUCCACACGUAUUACGGGCCUUAAAUUGAGGUACAAUCUGUCUUGUGUUUGUUCCGUUGAAUGCA